UGGAAAUAAGUCUAUGGCAUAACAUUUUAACAAAUACUUUUAAUUAGGCUGCCACAGUAAAUUUACGCACGAAUAUAUAUUUUUCUCUUUAAGCUACAGCUGAUUCUGGUGGGGGGAACACCAUCUGACUUUGCAGUUGACAUAAAUUCAUCCCUGUUUAUGAUUUAUUUUUCUUUAUACUAUGUAUAAAGAAAGUAGUUCAAUCUAACACUCUAGCAUCCCGUAAAGGUGAAUGUCUCUAACUGCAAAGACCUUAUCAGGGCAAUAUGAAGUGAUCAGGAAAAAGACACUCCAAAAUUGUAAAUUAUUUAACCCAUUUUUGUUAUAGGUCAUGAUUGGGUAAAAUAGUUCAACUAUAUUUUGUUCUUAUUGACUCAAGGGAUAGAGGCCCUAUCCUAAAACUCUUUUAAAUAUAUUCCCACUUUAAUAUUUUAAAUAAAAGUGUUUUUUUUACAUUUUGAAAGUAUGUCAUGAUCUUAUCUUUACUUAAAACACGUACACAGCCUCCCAUGUUUAGACUUUUGUUUAUCUCAUUAUAUGUAUCCACAAACAGGAACAUAAUUUCAUUUCUAACUCUGCUGAAAGUCUAUUUUGGUAAUGGGUUUCAUUGAAAAGUUCCAUUGAGAUGACGGGGUGAUUUAUCAAUCAGCUUUAAAAGGUGAGCAAUAGGAACUGAUAGUUGAGAUCUGCAUAACAGAUGAAGUGUCUGGAGCCAGCACUUCGCAGAUAUUUGAUGACAGUUAAUGCAUAUGGGUGUGGAUGAUGGCUCUGAAUGAGAUUGUCUUUUAAUAUGCUAAACACAUCCAUCAUCGAAGUGCGAGAGAGAACUGUUGCGAGGUUUCAAGUUGCUGUGGGUGCAUGUGGUGAAUUGAAAGAUCCUAUGGGCACGGUCUCAUAUGGUAAGAGUUAGUCUUUGUUUACUGUAAAAUAAUUAAAUUUUGAGUAGAGUAAGACAGUUUAGGAUAAUUUCUUGACAUUGACCCAGCUCAAUGACCUAAAUUGCCAAUAUUUCAAUCUUUAAGAGAAAAAAGCAUAUAUGUUCAUUUAAACCAUAGACAGUAGCCUACUGUAUAUUGCCUGCAUAUGUACAGCAGUCUGAAAAUUUGGAGUUUAGGAUUAGGACAUAAAACAUAAAAACAAACUAAUGUAUGUGUUGAUGCUCCGGUAAAUUUAUUUCAGAUCUAAUGAAGAAAACAAGUUUGUGACUUGUUGGUUAAUUAAGUAAUUUCUUAUAACCAUGGUUUUGCUCUGGAAAUAGGAACUGUAGGCCUAAAAAUCUGAAAUGGUUGAUAAUACCCUAAUACCUCAUCUUUAUAUAAUGUUUUAUGAUUGUUUGUUCAAGAGAAAUAUCUGUGUAGGAAAUUGAAGGUUUUAAUGGUUUUACCCAAAUUUUUAUCUGCAUAGAUACAACACACUGCAUAAUGUAGCAAUAUAUAUAAAAGUUUUAAUCUUUGUUAACAAAGAUUUCGUUUUUCAUAAUUCCUUCGAAAGUCAUAAACAUCUUUAUGAUUAUGGUCUUAAUUCCAGAUUUUUGAACCACAACUUUUUCACAUAAUACUACUAUUUAUCACAAUAGACUUGCAUGCAUAAUGUAGGAAAGGCAAAAUAAAUGCCUGAUUGUAAAUACACAAUUUGAUCAUAUUUUCUCACCGAAAUGUUAUAAAAUGUUCAAACAUUGAUUAGAUUAGUUAUAUUUGAUGUCAAACAUGAUCUUCCGUGGAAGUCUUUUAAAACGUCGAACCAUUUUACUGCGAUCAUUUCACUAAGCGGCGCUAUAGGCAUUAUCAUGAGCGAUUACCAGAACCUCGUGUUUUCUCGCGAUAUGUGGUUGACGAUUGCUGCAGAAUUCAAACUAGGCAUUUGAAAGUUGCAUCGGAAAGGCAGUUAAGAGCAGUUCAGCCUUUGAAUAAUAAAUAUAUGAUUAACCAAGUUUUCGAUUAUUUGAUAUAAAGGUCAACAUAUCUGGAUAUACAUUUUGUAAAAUUUUAAUUUAGAGGCGAUAACCGACGCUUAUGAUGUCAGAUCUAGAAGAUGAGAUUAAUGUGUUGCGACGGAAAGUACAGGCGGGAGAAGAGGCCCUUCAGCGGGCUGGUCAGUAUGGACUUCAACUACUGGAUGACAAAAUGGAUCUUCACAACAAACUGGAGGAUCAGCGAAUUGAAAUGUCUAAUAUCAUUGAGACGGUGGAGCAAGAGAAAUACUCAUUGCAAAGGGAAGUUGAGCUGAAGGCCCGCAUGUUGGAGAGUCUGCGUUCAGAAUUUGAUCUUGUUAAAAACCACCAGAAACAUCAACUGGAGCAGAAGCAAACUUUGAUGGAGAGGAACCACGCUCUGGAACUCAGCGAUUUAAAAAACAAGGUGGAGAAGAUGAAGACAGAUUUAGGAGAGGCUCGGCUUGCUGAGAAGCAGAUAAAACACAAGCUGGACCAGCAAUCUGAAGCACUUCACAGCAAAACCGAGGAGCUGCGCGUUCUUACAGAGCGUGCACAUGAAACUAUGUCUUCUGAGAUUCUUGAGCUACAAGUGCAAAAGAUGGACAUGGACUCAGCUAUGGCAACUUUGGAACAGGACCUUCAGGAGGCGAGAUACAAAGAAGAGCAGCUGAAUUUGGCCAACACUACCCUUCAGAGGCAACUGGAGAGACUCACAGAGGAGAAGGAAGAGAGAGAGAAAGAGGCGGUGUCAUGCUAUAAUGCUUUGGAGAAAGCUCGUGAAGCCAACCAGGAUCUUCAAAUUCAACUGGAACAGGUGUUGCAGCAAGCACAAGAUCCAAACAGCAAAGGCAAUUCCUUGUUUUCUGAGGUAGAAGACAAGAGAGCGGAGAUGGAGAGGCAGCUGAACAGUAUGAAAAGACAACACGAAUCUAUUCAAAAACAGCACGCCCUUACCAAACAACAUAUGCACCGCAUGAAGAUGCAGAUAGCGACCCUUAUGCAGCUCCAGGGCAACCGGGCAGACCCUGCCCAACUUGAACGAUUGCAGUUCAUGCUCUCUGAAAAGAACAAUGAGAUAGAGACCCUAAUGUUAAAAGUACGAGAACUGGAAAAAGAAAAGAUGGCCGUGAAAGAUCAGCAUCCAUCUGUCCAGGGUAAAGAAACCGAACUUGUGGAUGAGACUUACUACACAGACCUGUUAAAAAUGCAACUUACAAAUUCAAAGAAGGGUGCAGACAAACUGAAGGAUGAGUUAUCCAUGGCAAGAAUGAAGGCUCUCUCGGAAAGUCAAAGAGUGCUAGAGUUGGAGCGGAAACUAUAUGUCGCAGAACAGGGACUGAAACAGAGACACGGUGAUAAUAUGAAGCUUCAAGUCAAGCUUGAGGAACUCCAGAUGAAAUACACACCUCAUGUGGUCAAUAAAGGGCAAGUCCAAAAACGUCGCCGGGAGAAGUUUCCAGUAGACAAUCCAGAGGAAAAAUCGACACCUAGCAAAGAGGAAACUGUAUCCAUGGAUAUUGAGCCAAACAAGAGUUUGAGUGAAAAUACAGGGGGAAAAAACAUAAGUCCUCCUGUUGAGAAGCCAGUUGUGGUCCCGUUACAGCCCGCACAAACCUCAGAACCCAACCCUGUAGUCCCUCGUGAAAGCAAGUCUGUCAGAAUUUGUGAGGAUCCCCCAGUGUGCAUUCCUGAUACACCCAGGUCUCCCGUUAGUGACUGCAUAAGCAAGGAUGGAGAUCGAACAACAAGCAGUGAAGAGGAGAACUGGAGAACUGAGAAGAGGAAAAAGUACCAACAGCCCAUCCACGUUAGUUCAGCAAAAACCAUGGCAAGCGAAUGCGCUCAACAGUAGCGCUGUGAAUGUAGAAGUAAUUUUUUGUUUAGUUAGAAAAAUAAUAUAUUUAAGUUUGUUUUUUAUCUCAUUCAUUGAUGUUUUCAAUAAAACAUAAUUACAUUUGUAAACUGUC